AUGAAGAUCCUCCUGGUCUUUGCCACCCUCGUGGCAGCCACCAGCAGUGGGCAGCUUUUUGUGGGGGACCAGGUCCUCCGCAUCACAGCCAGCAACGAGGAGCAGAUCACCCUGCUCAGGGUGCUGGGAGAGCAGGCAGAGCUGCAGCUUGACUUCUGGCGUCACCCCACCCGCCCCGGUCGCCCAGCUGACCUGCGGGUGCCCUUCCCCAGCCUCCAAGCAGUCAAAAUCUUCCUGGAGUCCAACAGCAUUUCCUACAGCAUCAUGAUCGAGGACGUGCAGGAAUUACUGGAUGAGGAAAAGAAAACCAUGAUGAAGUCCAGGAUAGAGAGAAGCACCAGCAUGUUUGAUUUUGCCUCCUACCACACAAUAGAUGAGAUCUACAACUGGAUGGACACGUUGGUGCACGAUCAUCCCAGCCUCGUUAGCAAGCUCCAGAUUGGGCAGAGCUACGAGAACAGACCCCUGUAUGUGCUGAAGUUCAGCACCGGGGGAUCGAAUCGUCCGGCCAUCUGGCUGGACACGGGCAUCCACUCACGGGAAUGGAUCACCCAAGCCAUCGGCAUCUGGACGGCCAACAAGAUCGCUGAGGGGUACGGCCAGGACCCCUCUGUCACUGCCAUCCUGGACAGCAUGGACAUCUUCUUUGAGAUCGUCACCAACCCUGAUGGCUUUGCCUUCACCCACAGCUCUAACCGCAUGUGGCGCAAGACGAGGUCCAUCAACGCCGGCUCCCACUGCAUCGGCGUGGACCCCAACCGAAACUGGGAUGCCGGCUUUGGAGGCUCCGGCUCCAGCAGCAACCCCUGCUCUGAGACCUACCGUGGCCCUUACGCCCACUCUGAGAGAGAAGUGAAAGCCAUCGUGGACUUCAUCCACGGCCACGGGAAUGUGAAAUCGGUCAUCUCCAUCCACAGCUACUCCCAGAUGCUGCUUUUCCCCUAUGGCUACAAGACAGCGCCCACGCCCGACCACCAGGAACUGAAUGAACUGGCUAAAAAGGCAGUGAGCGACUUGGCUGCCGUGUAUGGGACGAAAUACACCUAUGGCACCACCGCGAACACCAUCUACAUGGCAGAUGGCACCACCAUUGACUGGGCCUAUGACAACGGGGUGAAAUAUUCCUUCACGUUUGAGCUGAGGGACACAGGGCGCUAUGGCUUCCUCCUGCCCAGCACCCAGAUCAUCCCCACCGCUACCGAGACCUGGCCGGCACUGCUGGACAUCAUGGUCCAUGUCCUGGAGCAUCCGUACUGA